CCCAAACCACCAAAGCCACUCUUCUCUCUUCUUCACUUAGCUUAAACAUUAUCAAAACAUGGCUUCCCAAACCAGCUCGGCCAUGGCUCUCUUCUUAGCUCUCAACCUUCUCUUCUUCUCCAUGGCCUCUGCCUGCGGUGGUGGCUGCCCUAAUCCGAAACCUACCCCUACAACUCCGCCUACGCCCAAACCAACUCCUCCUACCCCUACAACUCCACCUACGCCUAAACCAACUCCUUCUAGCCCUACAACUCCGUCCACCCCUAAACCAACUCCUCCUAGCCCUACAACUCCUUCCACCGGCGGCGGCGGGAAGUGCCCGAUUGAUGCACUCAAGCUGGGCGUUUGCGCCGAUGUGCUUGCCAAUCUGCUCAAUCUGAAGCUCGGGAGCCCACCGGUUCAACCUUGCUGUAGCUUGAUCAAUGGGCUCGUUGAUGUUGAAGCCGCCGUCUGCCUUUGCACCGCCAUUAAAGCCAACAUCCUCGGGAUCAACCUCAACGUUCCAGUCUCUCUCAGCUUGCUUCUCAAUGCCUGUAACCAGAAGGUUCCAUCUGGCUUCCAAUGCCCUUAAUUAAGCAUCUAUUAGUUCGACGACCAAACGUGGUGCUACGUGCAUGCAUGAAGAUAAUAUUUGUGACGUUGGUGUCUAAUAAUAAGUUUCCAGUAUUUUUCUUCUAAUUUGUGAUCUUGUUGUACCAAUAAAUGACUUCAUAUGUAUACUCAUACGAAUGUUCUUAUGGGGAAAUUAAUGAAGAUAAUAUUUUGGU